AUAAUGCCCUAAAGUUCGCAAAGCCAUGGCAGUCCAGGACGCGAGCGCUGCCGAGGACGACAGCGAGGUUCUCUAUCUCGCCAAAUGCCUCCAGAAGAGCAGCGUCGUCUCUUAUGCUGUGUGCGGCCACAUUCGAUCGCCGCUGAUGCUGGAGGUGGUCUUCGGCAAGGAGACCGCCCUGGAGCUUGUCGUGCUCGUCGAAGAUGGGAGCGUGCAGCCGGUGUGUGAGCAGAGUGUGUUUGGAAUCAUCAAGGACAUGAAAUUGCUCCCUUGGAAUGAACAUCGUCGAGCUCCUUACUCGCAGACCUACGGCAAGGACUUACUCGUGCUGCUUUCAGAUUCCGGAAAACUCUCCUUCCUGACUUUCAGUGUCGAUCUGCACAGGUUUGUGGCUGUCAGUCAAAUUCAUCUCUCUCAUCCCGGGACUUCUCUUCGCGAGCUCGGAUGGCUACUUGCUGUCGACUCCAGAUCUCGCGCUGUAGCGGUUUCUGCUAUCGAAGAUUUGGUAGCAAUAUUUCCUACCUCUGUUGCAGCUGGGGAGAAUGUCGUCGAGAAGGCCAUAACAUAUCCAGCACCGGGUAACGUAGCAAAUGACGCAGAGGCAACGUAUGGAUGGGGAACGAUAUGGAGCAUGGCCUUUGUUGCUAGCCCAGAGGAAUCCCACCAGCUUUUGCUCGCGGUAAUUUUGCAUAGGAAGGGUGCUCUGUCGAACGAACUGCAAGUUCUACUUUGCGACACGAAUGAGCGUUCGAUACACUUGGGAGCACGGUAUCAUCCUUCUGGAGAGCCGGCCAUCGAUUUUCUAACUUAUGGUGUCGUGGAGAUGCCCGCGUUCCCGGGGUUCGUGCUACUGCUUCGGCUCGGUGAGAUUGUACUUGUCGACGCAAGGGCCAUCGGCACGACGACUUAUCCGGCAAACUUAGUGGCAUUCAGCUUGCUAGACUUCAGAGAUACAGUGGGGGAUCCCGAAGAGCGUCCGAGACCUUAUUACCGGGUUCCAGAUGACGAGUAUGGAACCAGAGCCAAGCUCUUUAUCAGUGCAUGGUGCUGGGAACCAGAUAGCAAGGGCCAAGCUAGACUGGCUUUCAGUACAGGGAAAGGAGGUAUCGACGUUGUCACGCUACGUCCGGAUGCUGCCUCUGGAAGGCCAACUCCUGUUAGAGACUGCCAGUACAAGUGUUCACAGUGCAGGCUUCUUCUCUGGACGAGCGACGGGUUUAUGACUGCAAUGAUAGAGAUGGGAGACGGGCAUGUUUUAAAGGUGGAAGACGGGCAGCUGAGUUUCCAGAGCUUCGUUCAGAACAUCGCUCCUAUACUGGACUUCUCGCUGGUGGAUUACUACGGGGAGAAGCAAGACCAGAUGUUUGCAUGCUGCGGUGGUGACGAGGAAGGCUCGGUGAGAAUCAUACGGAAUGGCAACAGCGUGGAAAAGCUUAUUUGUACGCCUCCUGUCUACCAAGGCGUGUCAGGGAUAUGGACGAUGAGGUACCGUUUCAAGGAUCCAUACCAUGCCUUCUUCCUGAUUUCCUUCGUGGAGGAGACUCGAGUUCUAUCGGUGGGAUUGAACUUUGUGGACAUCACGGAUGCUGUUGGCUUCGAAUCUCAAGUCAAUACUCUGGCCUGCGGUUUAGUCGAAGAUGGAUGGGUGGCACAGGUCUGGCGGUACGAGGUCAAGCUUUGUUCUCCCACGAAGGCUGCUCAUCCGGCAGGUGUUUCAGGCAGCAAUCCAUUGUCCACGACAUGGAGGAAACCGGGAUACCCGAUCAGUGUGGGGGCUGUCUGUCGCAGCAGAGUUAUCCUGGCUUUGGCACGACCAGGUCUGCUUCUGAUGCUUGGAGCCACCCAGACUUCGGACGGGAGCUUCGAACUGGUAGAGCUUCAGCUUUGUAUGAUGGAGGCGGAGAUAUCAUGUAUCUCUAUUCCGCAAGGAGAUAUAUCCAUCCCCGUACCUCCAACUAUCGCCGGGCUACACGCAGGGAAUACAGUGCCAGCCGGGUUGGAUCUCGGGAAUGUUUGCGUCGUCGGCACACACAAGCCUUCGGUCGAGCUCCUGUCGAUUGUUCCUGGCGACAAGUUUGCUCCCUUUGCCGUUGGUCAAGUGUCAUUGAUCACCUCGGUUGGCACUGCAGUUAGCGGGUGCAUACCACAGGACGUCCGGCUGGCCUUGUUUGAUCGCCUCUACAUUCUGGCUGGACUGAGAAACGGGAUGCUGCUUCGGUAUGAAUGGCCGGAGGAUACGCCCUCACUAGUUUUGAGUAAACCAGCUCAACUCCAUCUCGUAGCAGCUCGUCGGCUGGGAGUAUCGCCAGUGUGCCUGGUCCCGUUGGAGGCGUGCGCACUGCGGGCCGAUAUCAUUGCUCUAAGUGAUCGCCCCUGGUUGCUUCAGAUGGCCAAGAGGAUUUCAUACACGUCGAUCUCUUUUCAACCUUCAACGCAUGCAACGCCCGUUUGCUCGAAAGAUUGUCCCAAAGGCAUCAUUUUUCUUGCUGACUGCAGCCUCCAUCUGGUUGAAAUGGAGCAGUCAAGAACACUCAACGUGCAAAAGCUUCACCUGGGAUGCACUGGGAGGCGGGUCCUGUACCACCCCGAGUCAGGAGUCCUUAUUGUUUUGCGACUUCUCUCCGAGCACCGGUCGGACGUGUGUUGCAUUGAGCCACUCAGUGGCGCAGUGCUGUGCGUUCAUCCAUUUGGAGUGGAACAAAUAGUCAAGUGUAUGGAGCUCAUGAAGUUGGGUGACGAGCAGCUUCUUCUCGUGGGAACUGCGUCCGACUCUCGAAGAGCAGUUAUGACAACGGGAGAAGCUGAAAGCUCUUCAAGGGGUGUUUUGGUGGUGCUUUACCUGGACGCACCACCACCGCCCAGUCCUCGUAGCCCGAUGUCAAGUCCCACCAGCGAGUCUAGUGGAAGAGCAUCUAUCGUCUUCCAGCCUGACGACUACUGUUUCGUACCCAGGGCUAAUGUUGGCUUACCCGGGCCUGUCAAUGCUGUGGCUUCGUAUCUAGGACAAUAUGUAUUAGCUUGUGCUGGGAAUCACCUGUUUUGUCUAGGAAUUGCUUCCAUGGACGAAAGUCCCAGGCGAUGGAAGAAGCUGGCAUCAAUAAAAACGCGCUUUGUGAUUACCAGUAUUUCUGUUCGUUUUACAACAAUUGCUGUUGGAGACUGUCGCGAUGGUGUUUUGUUGUUUACAUAUAGAGAGGACUCCAAGAAGCUGGAACCGAUCCGAUGCGAUCCAAUGAGGCGUCUGGUUUCUGACUGUACUUUGGUAGAUGUUGACACUGCUGUGGUCGUGGACCGCCAGGGAAACUUCUGCGCCUUGUCUGCGAAUGAAGAGACAGAAGACAGCGGCAGUCCAGAGAAGAAUCUGGAAGCUCACUGCUGGUUCCAUAUUGGUGAAGUCUGUACGACUGUACGCAAGGGAUCAUUUGCGUUCAAAGCCGUAGAAGACAGCUGCAGCGUUGAUCGGUUAAUACCUAACAUGGGAAAGUCAUGUGUUAUUGCAACCACCUUGCUCGGAAGUGUCUUUAUCUUCGUUCGCAUGACAGGGGAGGAGUAUAGCCUUCUGCAAGCAUUGCAGAGGAGACUUUCAGUUUUACCCGCCACAGCUCCCGUCCUUGGAAAUGAUCAUGCCCGUUUUCGAGGCCAGGGUCGUCCGGCUGGCGUCAAGGAAGUUUUAGAUGGAGACUUACUGGAACAGUUUCUGGAGCUGACAAGCGCAGAGCAAGUGGCAGUGCUGAAAGAGCCCGGACCGAUGGUGCUUCGGAAGUCCGGAGGAGCUUACUCGCCGGAACUACAGGUGGAGCGAGUCCUACGGCUGCUUGAAAAGAUACACCACACGGUCACGUAGAAAAGAGGUAGGGAGUUUGUAAAUACUGGUACAGGCAAACGGGCAGGCCAAGCUACGGAGCUAGAGAGUUAUGGUCGAUGGUUUGUCCCUUCCAGGCCCAUGAGGUAUGGCAUGCAAGGAGUUUGCUUCUUGCUAUCAAACAAAGAUGCAUACUCCGAGAUCA